UCGAUAUAUAGCAACGAUUCGUAGCCAUUUUAGUGAGUGUCGCCAUAUUUGUUCGUCUGCCAAGUUCUUUACGGUACCAUGAGUCUUUCACGAGUAGGCUUAUCAGUCUUGAGAGGUGUUAGAAACAGGAGCUCUUCAGCUUCUAAUGUUUAUCCUGGAUAUGCCAAAACUGGUGUAUUAAAAGAUAAAUUUGGUAUUGAGGACUCAACCCCUGUUUUCAAGAAAGGUGGAACUCUGGACAAUGUUUUGUAUGGCGCUACCUUCAUUGCUUGUGCCGCAGCUCUUGGUUUUAGUGUAAAUGCAUACUACCUCUUCUCGCUACAAUAAAGAAAAUAUAUUGCAAUGUUACCAAUUAGUCAGUGAAUUAAUGUACAGUCAUUCCUUUAUUAUCUUUGAACUAUUUAAUGUGAUACAAAUAAAUUAAUAUUAAAAUGUGCUG